GAGAUCGGGGGAACCCAGUCUGCUCUAGAAGUUCGGCAAACCGUAAGUUACAGUAGGAAUUCGGUGCCCAGCAGAGGGAAUUCUAGUUUUCCCUGUUUAACAAUAAUUGCGCUCUGAUAAGCCUUUAAUUGGAUUAUAUCGAAAGUUUGUGUAUACGCGAUAGACCAUGAUAGAUCACCGGCCUUUUCUACUUAUGCUGCUCGUGCAGAGUGCCAUUGGCUAUAUAGCCAUCAACAGAAACAAUUUGGCUGUGGUGUUCGCAGAUAGGGCUCCAGUAAACGGCCCACCAACUGACCAUGCAAAAGUUGCCAGAACAUUAGUACACAAAGCAAAUUGGGCAGCAACUGGUACUAUUUCCACGAACCAAGUCAUCGAAGGAUAUCCCAUGGUUAAUAUAAUUUCGAUAGCGGACAGUGGAAAGGGCGAGAAAUCUACGGGGCACAUCUAUUACUAUUUAACUGAUUUGGAUUACACCGCAAAUGAUAUUAAAGCGGAGAAUAAAAUCACAUUUAUGAUUUCUGAAGAUCAGGAUUUAUCUUGUACUAAAAGUAGUACGGAUCCUAUGGAGCCAACCUGUGCACGAGUUAUCAUUUCUGGGAAAGUUAUUGCGCUCAAUAAUUCCACAGAGGAAUAUAAAAAGGCAAAAGCUGCGUUCAUCAGUCGCCAUCCAGCAGCUAAUCGAUGGAUUCAAGUUCAUAGUUUCUUCCUAUGCACCGUUGAUAUAUUGAACAUUUUCGUAUUGGACUGGUACGGUGGACCACAUAAAGUUAGCCCCGAAGAUUAUUACAAGGUUCCCUCAGAAUAGGACCCUUAGUUAUUCGUUAUAAAGUGAUAGCAAUUUGAUAUCAAUAAAAUAUAAAUGGCUGCAAGAAAUUAA